AUGAAUUUAACUGAUGUUGAGCGACACUGACACAAUUCACAAUUCUGUCAACCCCUCUCUUGUUUAUUCUUGUGUUCUCCAUCGCACGUCUACUCGGUACUCACCAAAGAUUCCAGUCACUCCUGCACCCGCGUAUAAGAUCUCGCCUAAUAAUUUCUUUCUACCCCUGUGUUCAGUCUCCCUUAAAUAAAGCACGUGCUCAGUCUCUAUCUAUCUAGAGUGUGACGACCCAAGAUUUGGAUGCACACAUCGCUCUCUGUGUGCGCGUGUGUGUAAGCGAUUUUUCAAAUGUCAGACGAGCCUUUGCCGACCCGCUGGUCUUUUCAGGAAUUCAAGUUGUUUUAUGAUAUGAAGUUUGGGAGGAAGAGAGACUCCAAGGAGAAAGAUGCGGAUACAAAUGACGAAAGUGUUCGUAAUGGAAAUUUUUCCAAUGUUACAUCAAAUGGGACUGUGCAUGUGAAGAACUCAUCUGAGUUGUCCAUCUACGAGCAGUAUCGUAAUCAGGAUCGAGGAGCAUCAACACACAACAAUGAAGUUUCUUCUGCUGGAGUUGAUGAAAAACCGCAAAAGUCUUUACUUCCUCCUUUUGAGUCAGCUGAAAUGCGUACUUUAGCAGAAAGUUUAAGCAGGGAUAUCAUUCGUGGUAGUCCGGAUGUUAAAUGGGAAAGCAUUAAAGGGUUAGAGAAUGCCAAACGGCUACUCAAAGAAGCUGUUGUCAUGCCCAUAAAAUAUCCAAAGUACUUCACUGGUCUUUUAACACCAUGGAAAGGUAUUCUCCUAUUUGGACCCCCAGGAACUGGGAAGACUAUGCUAGCAAAAGCUGUUGCAACCGAGUGCAAUACCACAUUCUUCAACAUUUCUGCAUCAUCAGUUGUCAGCAAAUGGCGCGGUGACUCGGAGAAAUUAAUUAAAGUAUUAUUUGACCUGGCUAGGCAUCAUGCUCCAUCAACUAUAUUUCUCGAUGAGAUUGAUGCAAUUAUCAGCCAACGAGGUGAAGGACGCAGUGAGCAUGAAGCUAGCAGGCGCUUGAAAACUGAGUUACUCAUACAGAUGGACGGUUUAACUCGGACGGAUGAACUUGUUUUUGUCUUGGCAGCAACAAACCUACCCUGGGAACUAGAUAUGGCCAUGCUCAGACGUCUUGAGAAACGGAUCCUUGUACCGCUUCCGGAACCAGAAGCUAGAAGAGCCAUGUUUGAGGAAUUGCUACCAUCAAACUUUCAGGAAGAGAAACUUCCUUAUGAUUUGUUGGUGGAAAAGACUGGAGGAUUUUCGGGUUCUGAUAUUCGGCUAUUGUGCAAAGAGGCUGCAAUGCAGCCCCUGAGACGGUUAAUGGCACUUCUUGAGGACAGACAAGAACUGGUACCUGACGAUGAGUUGCCCAAAGUUGGUCCAAUUACACAUGGAGACAUUGAGAUGGCUUUGAACAACACUAGACCAUCUGCGCAUCUCCUUGCUCAUCGCUAUGACAAGUUUAAUGCUGACUAUGGCAGCCAAAUACUCCAGUGAAGGCACCAAGUUCUAUCAUCCCGUGUUGUUCUCUAGUUUAAGUUUUUAGGCCUGUAAAGCCAAACGGUGUUUCAGUUCCAACUGUUUCUAGCAAAAGUAAACAAAUUAGAAACACUGUGUUGAGAUUUUGUUUCAUCAAAUAUUUGCUUAUUCCCAGUUUGGCUUCAUCAAAUCCGAAGUUUUUUGAACUGUUUGCUCACUUGGAACAAAUAUAUAAAUAUAACCUUUAGUCUCAA